AUGGCGGCGCGCACCAGCUGCACAUCAACUACAGCAGCAGCAAAAAACCUACAGAUAGCAGCGGCGGCUGCUGCUUCUGCGGCAGCAGCAGCAGCGUCUGCUGCUUCUGCAGCAGCAGCAGCAGCAACGCCUGCUGCUUCUGCAGCAGCAGCAGCGCGUGCUGCUUCUCCUGCUCCAACAGCAGCGGAGACCGCGCCUUUGCCGCUGCAGCGCCGACAGCAGCAGCAACGAAGCUGCAGCAGAAGCAGCAGCAGCAUACGGAAGUCAGUGGAGCGAGCUGCAGGGAGCAAGACGAAGACUGCAGCAGGAGGGGCAGCAGCAGGAGGGGCAGCAGCAGCAGAGGCAGCUGCAGCGGCAGCAGCAGCACAUGCAGCAGGGCCUGGCCCAAUGGAGGUCUUUCGCCACGGCCGCCCGCAUGCCCUUCUGCUGGUGCAGCUGCUGGUUUUGCUGCUGCUGCUGCUGCUGCAGCCCUCAGCAGCAACUCACGCGGAAGCAGCAUUCGACUGGCUAGAGACAUCAGAGCUGCUGAGCCCACAGGCAGCUGCAGUUGCUGCUGCUGCUCUCAUCGACCGCGACAGCAGCUCGCUGCUGCUGCAGCAGGAGCAGCAGGAACAGCAUGAACAGCAGGAGCAGCAGGAGCAGCAAAGCCUGCUGCUGCAGGCAGCAGCAGCCCGCGCCGAUGAGCCAGCGCAGCAGAAGGAGCAGCAGCGGGAGGGCCGGGGAGGAACCUCUUCGAAGAGUUCUUCUGCGCCGUCCGCGGGCCACAACUCCAAAGACAGCAGCAGCAGCAACAGCAGCAGCAGCAGCAGCAGCAGCAGCAGCAGCAAGAGGCCCGCAGCGCAGCCAGACGCAGCCAGCGAGGCCCCACGCACUUGGCUGCUGAUUUGCUGCAGCGCUUUGCUAGUUUGCUUCGCGGGCAUUUCCAGCGGCCUCACUACGGGCUUCAUGGCCUUCGACGAGCUGCAGCUGCUCGUGCUGCAGGAGACCGGCACCGAGACCGAAAGAGCCCAGGCGCGGAAGGUGCACGAGCUGCUGUCGCGGCGGCACCAGCUGCUGGUGACGCUGCUGGUGGCCAACUCGCUGGCCAUGGAGGCUCUUCCUCUUUUUCUUGACCGCCUCGUCUCUCCUUUGCAUGCAGUUCUUCUCGCGGUGACUCUCAUUCUCUUCUUCGGAGAAAUUCUCCCCCAGGCCGUCUGCACCGGCCGCAGCCAACUCGCAGUCGCCGCCCUGAUGGCGCCGCUGGUGCGGCUGCUGCUGGUCACUUUCUCCAUUGUGGCCAUCCCUGUUGCUGCGCUGCUGGACCAUUUGCUGCGCCCUUCGCAUGCAGCAGCUUUCUAUGGGAGGAAUCACCUCAGAGCACUCAUUGGGCUGCACCAGAAGGGCCGCCGGCGGCUGCUGCGGGAGGCCUCCAGCGAAGACAGCGGGGGGGCCUCGAGGGCCUCCGGCAGCCGCGAGGAAGCUGCCAGCCCCUGGCUCAACAAAGACGAAGUGAUGGUCAUUCAGGGGGAAGCUGCUUGGCGCUGCAGCAGAGAGAUGGAGGAGCUGCAGCAGCAGCAGCAGCAGCAGCAGCAGCAGCAGCUUUUAGGCGUUGGGGUCGAGCGCCACAACAUCCGUGGCAUUCUGCUUGUUAAGAGCCUCAUUUGCGUGGACCCUGGCGCAGGACUGACUGCGCGGUGCCACUUGGCCUUUGUGACUCCGGACUUUCUUGCUUACGGGGAGGCCUGGCGGGACGGCCGGCCGCCCCCGCGGGCCGCCAACUUGCUGGGCAUUGUGACGAUGGAAGAUGUGCUCGAGCAGCUCAUUCAGGCCGACAUCCUCGACGAGUUCGACGGCCGAAAGGCGCGCCCCGCUGCUGCUGCUGCUGCUGCUGCUGCUGCUGCUGCUGCUGCUGCUGAUACUGAUGAUGCUGCUGCUGCUGCUGCUGCUGCUGCUGAUACUGAUGAUGCUGCUGCUGAUGAUGAUGCUGCUGAUGAUGAUGCGGAUGUUGCUGGUGAUGGGGAUGGUGAUGAUGGUGGUGGUGAUAGUGAGGAUGGUGGUGAUAGUUGUGGUGCUGCUGCUGCUGCUGCUGCUGCUGCUGCUGCUGCUGCUGAUGUUGCUGUUGCUUGA